CAUCACUGGCAAGCUGACUGCUUCCGAGACCAGAAGAAGACAUUACUUUGCAGUUAAGACUUUAAAAAAAAAAUCUUUUCGUUUAAAACCGCACUGUUGCAAUGUAUGCUUAAAAAAAGCAUCAAGUGGCAAUCUGGAUUUCUGUGCAGCACUUCCUCUUUUUGCAAUGAUGCAUCAGACUGCAAUACUCAAAGGAGAAAAAAUGGGAAUGGACUUAAAAUAGAAGACUGUUCUAGAUUAUGACCUCAACCAAGAGCAAUCGCUACAACCGUUUUUCUGGAGGUGCAACAAAUAUACCAGCUAUAGACAAUACAAGCAUUGUAAGUGUCACAUAUCAUGUCAGUCAUGUCACUGUUAGGCGAUGUCGCAUGGAGACAAGAUGCUAUGCAGGAAAAAUGGAGAACUGUCAGGCAAGAAUGGAAACCACUUUUGGCCCAGCGUAUUCCACUGUUACUACCAUCACUAAAGCUGAUGGGACAAAUACCUUCAAGCAGCAUCGGAGGACUCCGUCAUCCUCCAGCAUACUGACCUAUUCACCAAGAGAUGAGGACGAUGCAAUGCCUCCAAUCAGUACUCCACGUCGGUCAGACUCGGCAAUAUCUGUACGGUCUUUGCAUUCUGAAUCAAGUAUGUCUCUGCGAUCUACAUUUUCUCUACACGAAGAGGAAGAUGAGCAGGAACCUUUGGUUUUUGCUGAACAGCCUUCAGUGAAAUUAUGUUGCCAGCUUUGCUGUAGUGUGUUCAAGGAUCCUGUCAUCACAACAUGUGGGCACACAUUUUGUAGAAGGUGCGCCUUAACAUCUGAAAAGUGCCCUGUUGACAAUGCAAAGCUGACAGUUGUAGUUAAUAACAUAGCUGUAGCUGAGCAGAUUGGAGAGUUGUUUGUCCACUGUAAAUAUGGCUGCCGGCCAGCUUCAAAUGGAAAACCAGGGGCCUUCGAGGUUGACCCACGCGGAUGUCCAUUCACUGUUAAAUUGAGUGGUAGAAAAGACCAUGAGGGCAGCUGUGAUUACCGGCCAGUUCGUUGUCCUAACAACCCAAACUGUCCACCGCUGUUAAAAAUGAAUCUUGAUGCUCAUCUUAAAGAAUGUGAACACAUCAAAUGUCCUCAUUCCAAGUACGGAUGCACAUUCGUUGGGAAUCAGGACACCUAUGAAGCCCACCUGGAGGUGUGCAAGUUUGAGGGCCUGAAGGAGUUUCUGCAGCAGACUGAUGAUCGCUUUCAUGAAAUGCAAGUCGGCCUGGCUCAAAAAGACCAGGAAAUUGCCUUCCUUAGAUCAAUGCUUGGGAAGCUGUCUGAGAAACUUGACCAGCUGGAGAAGUCUCUGGAGCUAAAGUUUGAUGUUUUGGAUGAGAACCAAAGUAAACUCAGUGAGGAUCUAAUGGAGUUCCGCAGAGAUGCUUCAAUGCUAAGUGAUGAACUUUCGCACAUCAAUGCCAGGUUAAACAUGGGAAUCCUGGGUUCCUAUGACCCUCAGCAAAUAUUUAAGUGCAAAGGUACCUUUGUGGGCCACCAGGGUCCAGUUUGGUGUUUAUGUGUCCACUCUACUGGUGACCUGCUCUUUAGUGGCUCUUCAGAUAAAACUAUCAAGGUAUGGGAUACCUGUACUACAUACAAAUGCCAGAAGACUCUUGAAGGACAUGAUGGCAUAGUCUUGGCUCUGUGCAUUCAAGGGAACAAGUUGUACAGUGGCUCUGCAGAUUGCACAAUAAUUGUUUGGGAUAUUCCAGCUUUGCAAAAAGUCAAUACCAUUAGAGCGCACGACAAUCCAGUUUGCACUUUGGUAUCGUCUCACAAUAUGCUCUUCAGUGGCUCACUCAAAGCUAUUAAGGUUUGGGACAUAGUGGGCACAGAUCUAAAUCUGAAGAAAGAGCUCACUGGUUUGAAUCACUGGGUGCGUGCACUGGUGGCCUCUCAAAAUCACCUUUACAGUGGAUCUUACCAGACAAUCAAGAUCUGGGACAUAAGAACUCUAGAGUGUGUGCAUGUACUGCAGACUUCUGGUGGUAGUGUGUACUCCAUUGCAGUUACUAAUCACCACAUUGUGUGUGGAACCUAUGAAAAUCUCAUCCAUGUAUGGGAUAUAGAAUCUAAAGAACAGGUUCGAACACUGACUGGCCAUGUAGGCACAGUAUAUGCAUUGGCUGUGAUUUCAACACCAGAUCAGACCAAAGUCUUCAGUGCAUCUUAUGACCGAUCACUUAGGGUUUGGAGUAUGGAUAACAUGAUCUGUACACAGACAUUGCUUCGUCACCAAGGCAGUGUUACUGCCCUUGCAGUGUCCAGAGGUCGGCUCUUCUCGGGUGCAGUGGACAGUACGGUUAAAGUCUGGACCUGUUAGGACACAAAAUGUUAUUAAAUGACUGGAACAUUCUCAGUGGCUUGCCUUUGUGGAUGUUUUUUUUUUGGAAUGGAAGUAAUGCCACUGCAACUUGGCUGCCGCAGCGCAAUCUGUUCUAAGAUUGCUGUCCAAUUUCGAGACUGACCAGCAUGGCAUGCUUUCUGCAGCAGUGAAAGCCACAAAGCUAAAUUUACAAUGGGGAAAUGACGUUCCAACAUUGUCAAUUCAGUAGAAGUAACAGUGUUCUUAAGGAAUUGAUUGGCAACAGUUUAGAUUGAAAUGCACACACUGUGGAAUGGCUUUGGAAAGCAUUACAGGGUUGAACUUUUUUGUGUGUGUGUGUGUGUGGAAAUUGCUGGAAAAUGUUCUGUAGUUUACUGAGUCUUUAGUGACAGAAAUUGUACACUGCAGCAUUGUAGGUGAUUGUGUCUUCCAGUAGUUUAGCAGUCUCUACAUGUUAUUUUAUACUUACAUGGCAUAUAUACGCACACACGCCAUUUCUCGGGCCACAGGCAAGUAAAAUAUUCAACCCAUGUAUUAGCUAACCUUAAUUUGAUCCGUGUUUACUUUUACAAAAACAAUUUGUAAUAUAGUAAGGUAGGCAGAUUAUUGAAGCUGUGAUCCUUUUACCUUCUGAAUGCCGCCCUGAAAAACUUAGUGAAACAGCUGUAAUGAGGUACGAUUUCUCCAUCACUACUUCCUUAAAGGUAAAUUCUGUAUUCCAAAGUUCUACUUUUGCCAAUAUAUGUGUGGCUGAGGCAUAACAACAAUUUCACAUUGAAAGUAAUAUCUACUGCUGCUACAUUUUGACUUCUGUUUAUAGCAGUUUAUAAAAUAUAGCUGCAUAAUUGCUCUACUAAUGAAGUAACAAAGCUUUAAAAUCAGGCAAACUGAUUGAGAACAAGCUUACUCCAAUCAGUGUUGUACAAUUAUUGAUCUUUGACAUGCAGUAUAUGAAUUUUUAAUAGAAUGAUUAAAUAGAUGUGAAUAGAAGUACGGGAUCUUUUGAAGAAAAUUAAGUCCCGAUUAUGUUGUUUUCAAAAUUGGAAAUCUACAAGGUCUUCCUGCUUUUCCUCUUUGCUCCCUCCCCCACCCCCUCCUCGCUGGGCUUCCCUGAAGACUCACUGAAUAAAUGGACAGCAUGGUGUGGUAGUGAGCCGCAUUAUCUAGAAAGUUCUCUGAUUUAGUCCCUGGUAUGGUCAGCCAGGGUAACAGUGAGGGUGCUACACUUGACCUCUGCCUUGUUCAGCUAGGAGAAGUCGAAAUCAUCCAGGGUUCUCACUCUUCUUUGUCGCGCAGUCAUCUUUGUUGAAAGUGUGCACCAUAUGGAUUUCGGGUCUAGCAGCCAGUGGUCGACUUGUGAGGCACUCUGGCACUUGGUCUAAGUUUCCAACUGUGAGAAGGACAUCGAGGAGAAUUAAUUGUGGAAGGGGUGGGGUGGGCACUGUACUUCCCCAAAGUCACAUGCUACAGAGUUUAGCAAGUUUGGAUCAGGAUAUAUUAUGCAAUGCCUGUAAGGUAGUGACUUCCACUAGGAAGAGUUCUGGAAAUGACGUUCAGUGUGAAUUAUGUUUGUGUACAAAGCUUUGCCUCUUUUCCAACUCGAGAGCUCCUGCAUUUUCCCAUUUGAGUGCACAUGAAUACAUAGUUAACAGCUAUAUCAUAAUGCCAUCUGGAUCCAAUGCAUUUUCUAAUGAAGCGAAGUAGCAUCCAUAUAAGUCUUCAUCUUUCAUAAGUGGUUUCAGUUAUGUGGUUCAUGAUUUUAAAAACUAUAAAUUAGAACCAGUCCUAGGAACUAUUACACAAUUCUACUUGUUUAGCUACUCUAUAAUAGUGUAAGUCUAAUCAGUUGGCCUUUGACAAGAUAGGCUUCAAUUAGAAUAACGUUGACAUAUAUUGAUCUUGUUUGAGUAAGAUCCAUCAGCUAAGAAGGUAGAAUAUAUUUGAAUAGAUCAAUAUUUCAAUAAGAGUUACUUAUAAAAUUAUAGAUAUCAUGUGUUUUGACAUUGUGAAUGGAAAUCAAUAUUCAAUAAUGAAAUGUGACUGAAUGUUGAAUGUGUUAACUGUGUAUAUGAGAAUUACAGAUAUACAUUUGCAGUUUACAAUGCAAGCACCUAUUUCACCACAGUGAAGAAUAGUAUUUUGGGUGAGAAUAUUUGGUUGUCGAAUUAGCCUGUUUUAAAAGAUUGUUUUUACUAAUGUAACAAGUGCCUAAUUUUUAGAGUCCAGCUGUACUUGCAUUUAACCCCUAAAACACCACUCACUGGUUGUGCUGACUAUUCUCAACCUGUUUUUUUUUUUUCCCAUUCAUUCAUGGGAUGUGGGCAUUGCUAUCAAGGACAGCAUUUAUUGCCCAUCCCUAAUUUCCCUUGAGAAAGUGGUGAGCUGCUUUCUUGAACCACUGCAGCCCAUAUGGUGAAGGUACUCUGACAAUGCAGUUCAGUAGGGGGUUCCAGGAUUUUGACCCAGGGUAGAGAAUUAAUGUGUUGACACAUUUCCAAAAUGCGUCCCAGGUGGGAGAUGAAAUUAGUCUCCAGAAGUUGAACGUGAGAGGUAUCUGACAGCUGCAACCAAGUAACUCGCUUGGUCACGGUGCCAUAAACGGUUCAACUACUUGGCUGAUCUCCUUCCUAUUGAGGAAGGGGGCUGAUUUGAUGUUGACUUAGCAAUGGGAAGUUCUGCAUUGCAUGCAUACGUGCAUACUUGAUUAGCAUGGAUGUAUUUUGUAUUGAAAUAGAGAAUGUCUGUUUUAAAUGCCUAAUUUUUAAAUCAUAAAUGUCUUGAAGAAUGAACAGUUGGAAAUCAAACAGAAGAUGAAGAGGAUGGUACGUUUUGCAUGCCUUGUGUUGUGUCGUGUUUUGUAGAAGAACUGUCCAAAAAUGCCUUAUUUGUUUUGUUCAGGAGUUCAGUAAUUAAAAGCCAGACCAUCGUAUGUUAAAAAAUAAUUUUGACCUGUUGGUUCGGGAUUUCUUUGAGGGAUACGAUUGGUAGAUAAGGUAAUUUGCUGCAGUCUUGUCAAGUGCAUACCUGAUUGAGACAUAGAUUAUAAUUUGCCACUCCCAAUUCACUAUUUUAUAUCGAUAUCCUUAUCAUAGCAAAGCUCUGGUCUAAACAGAACACAGUGUGGCUGAUCAAUAAUGCAUUUAUCAAGAUUCCAUUAUAAGUGACAAGGCCUAAGGCAGGGAUAUUGUAACCGUGAAGCAUAGCAACUGUGAACCCCUGCCAGUGGAUAGCGUAUGUUCAUCCAUUUAGCUGCUGCUUUAAGCAUCUGGUACCCACUAACCUAAAGAAGUAACCAAAGCUCCCUUCAGUUAUUUUGCACCUGUAUUGUAUUGAAAAGAUUAUGAAACUCUACUAAUUGAACUGAUGUAUCACGUGACUGUAGAUUUUUAUCAUUUUGUUAAAAGAUUUACAACAAUAAAUCUUCCCCCCUAA